AUGCUUGCUUCAAACAGCAUUGCAACUUCUCUCAAUCUGGGUUUUGAAGACAUGGACACCAGACGUUAUGAUGGCGAACUGCAGAUGCGUGGUAAAGAUAGACAAGAACUGAAAUUUGAUGAGGCAUAUGAGGCUUCUGUUCUAGAGGAUCUUGCAGAGGAUUUCCGACUACCUAUACAUCAUAGACCAACAGAAAAUGUAGAUUUAGAUAACGUGGAGCAAGCAUCAUUAGACAGACAACUUACAUCAUCUAACAUUGGAUUUAGGCUUCUCCAAAAGAUGGGGUGGAAAGGGAAGGGUCUAGGAAAGGAUGAACAAGGGAUUGUCGAGCCAAUAAAAUCAGGAAUAAGAGAUGCAAAGUUGGGGCUUGGAAAACAAGAAGAAGAUGAUUAUUUUACAGCAGAAGAAAAUAUCCAGCGAAGAAAGCUGGAUAUUGAAUUUGAAGAGACUGAGGAACUUGCAAGGAAGAGGGAGGUUAUAGCAGAACGGGAGCAGAAAAUUCAAAGCGAGGUGAAAGAAAUACGAAAGGUGUUUCAUUGUGAGCUUUGCAACAAGCAGUAUAAAUUGGCAAUCGAGUUUGAGGCCCAUCUAAGCUCAUAUGAUCACAACCACAGGAAGAGGUUCAAACAAAUGAAGGAAAUGCAUGGAAGCAGCAGUCGCGACGAUAGACAAAAAAGAGAACAACAGCGGCAAGAACGGGAGAUGGCAAAGUUUGCCCAGAUGGCUGAUGCACGUAAGCAACAGCAACUGCUGGAGAGUGAGGAAUCUAGGGAUAUUUCAAUGCCUGUUGCAGUAAGGAGUGCUACACUAGUUGCAGAUCAAGACCAGCGGAAAGCUUUGAAGUUUGGAUUUUCUGCCAAAAGCAGCGCAUCCAAGAGCUCUGUGGGUAAUGCUGCAAAGAAGCCAAAGGUACCAGUUGCCUCAGUUUUCGGUAAUGACAGCGAUGAGGAGUAG